AGUCCUGGCCCAGCCAGCCGCUCGGGCAUCCUCGCCUCUCUCCUCUCCCUCGCGCCCACCCGCCACCACGCCGGGACCCUCGGACGCCGACGCCGAGCGCUCUUGCAGCAGAGCCAACAUGCCCAUCACUCGGAUGCGCAUGAGACCCUGGCUAGAGAUGCAGAUUAAUUCCAACCAAAUUCCUGGGCUGACAUGGAUUAAUAAAGAGAAGAUGAUCUUCCAGAUACCGUGGAAGCACGCUGCCAAGCAUGGCUGGGACAUCAACAAGGAUGCCUGUCUGUUUCGGAAGUGGGCCAUUCAUACAGGCCGGUACAAAGUAGGAGAAAAGGAGACAGAUCCCAAGACAUGGAAGGCCAACUUCCGCUGUGCCAUGAACUCUCUGCCCGACAUUGAGGAGGUGAAGGACCAAAGUAGGAACAAGGGCACUUCUGCUGUGAGGGUGUACCGGAUGCUCCCACCCCUCACCAAGAACCAGAGGAAGGAGAGAAAGUCCAAGUCCUGUCGAGACGCUAAGAGCAAGGCCAAGAGAAAGUCCUGUGGGGAUUCCAGCCCCGAUGCCUUCUCUGAUGGACUCAGCAGCUCCACCCUGCCCGAUGACCACAGCAGCUACACAGUUCCGGGCUAUCUGGGGCAGGACUUGGAGGUGGAGCGGGCCCUUACUCCAGAGCUGCCAUCCUGUGUUGGCUGCCUUCUCCCAGAUUGGCAAGUACCCAUGAACAUUAUGCCAGACAGCACCAGCGACUUGUAUAACUUCCAGGUGUCCCCCAUGCCUUCGUCCUCUGAAGUGGCCACAGAUGAGGAUGAGGAAGGGAAAUUGCCUGAGGAUAUCAUGAAGCUCUUGGAGUCAGAGUGGCAGCCGACAGACGUGGAUGGGAAGGGAUUUCUGCUCAACGAACCAGGCAUCCAGCCCGUCUCUGACCUCAGCUGCAAGGAGGAGACUGAAGUUGACAGCCCUGGGGGAGAUCUGGGGAUGUAUCGGGUUUUCACAGAUCUGAAGAAUAUGGACUCCAGCAGCUGGCUGGAGACACUGUCAGUGUGCACAGACAACAUGAUCACCCCAGUCAGGCUGACCUCUUCCAUCUCUUCCAUCCAGGCCAUUCCCUGUGCACCGUAGCAGGACCCCACCUCCUGAACUCCUUUGCUAGGCAAACAGGACCUGACAUCCUGGUGGCUAAAGCGUAGAGAAAAAGUGGUUUCUGUGGGCUCCUUGCCCUGGCAGUAUGACUGCUGCUGAAAGGGGAUAGGGGUCUUCCUCCUUGGGUCAUUGGCCUUGCACAAGCUGGUGAGCCAGAGACUGGGCUCAUCAUAUAGGGUGAAGCCGGCCCUGCCUCCACAGAAGAUGGGGUUCUGAGUUGGUGUAUUCGUGGAGAGCUGUGAACCUCCUCCCCUCGGUCCCUUUAAGUCCAGCUGCCUUGAGAAGGUCUUGCCGACAUGGACCCCAGGGCUCUCUCUGCACUAACAGACAAUUGCACUAAGUGAACCCUGUUCCCAAGGAACUGCCUCCCUUCCCAGCUGAGCCCUGGGGACUGACUGUUCCAAAGCCAGUGAAAUGUGAAGGAAACCAGGUGUUCUGUGGGACAGUGUUCCCUCUGCCUCUUGGGGGCUCUGUUCCCCUCCCUGUUUGGGCUGAGGGAUUUGGGCGAAAACCAUGGCACUUUUUCUGUGGACCUUGCCACAUGUUUGAUCAGAGGUGUACACUAAAUUUCCCCCACCAAGCUCCUCGUCU